AUGACAUCAGAAUCGUCUCACGCCAACUCUAGGAAGACUGGUAGCAGCCAGGCUGACUCCAGAAUAAGAGGAUCUCACAAAUCUAGUCGUGUUGAAUCGAUCACCGCAGGAAACGAGCGCAGAAGAUCGAUUGAAAGUCUUAGGGUAAAUACUCGAGAUCUCGAUAUCGGGGGUCGUAACUCACCACAACCAAAAUUAAGUCCGGGAGAUAUUGUCGAUCCUUCCGUGGAUACUAAAUUACUAGAACAUGAAGUAAGUUGGGCGGCGAUCGAGAGGUUCAAAAAAAAUCAAGAACAAGACGUCGAUGAAUCAGGAAGCAAAAAAGAGCGGAGAAGGCGACAUGAGUCUUCGAGAGACAAUGAAGAAAGGCCUCCUCGUGUUCAUAUCCACAGGCGAUGCUCAAGUCCCCCCGUAAACAAGAAAACUACCAGUAAAACUACGGUUUGCAAGUACCUAUCCAUUUCAAGAGAAAAGAAGGAAGAAUACUACCCCAUAGAAAGCCACUCGGUCAAACAUGGUCACAGCAAGAAGCUUCCGAACUCAGACCAAAGAUACAGAGAUCACAGUAGACCCUCAAGCCGAAAAGAAAAAGAUGAAAAGACGAUAAAUACAGAAAAAUCCGCUCCAGCAGAAAAUGAUGUCUCGAGCCCAAAGACAAGUGUCUCUUCUAAGCCAAAAACUGCUACCAGCUCUAAACACAGCGCCUCGACCCACAAAAGCGCAAGCGUCAGUGACCACAAAGACAAAGUAUCGCAAAAAAGCUCUCACCAUUCCAGUAAAUCGGCAAGUUCUCGAAAAGGACACGAUGGAGUUGAUAAUGAGCCAAGUCCAGAGGAGCCUCAAGCCUUGAGUGAGGGUUCCGCCAGUGGGUCUGUACAAGGUAAACCCACUCGAAGCAAUACUCUAGCUCUCGAUCAUCACAGUUUGAAGAGCAACUUGAACGUCUACAAUCCUAACAGAGGUGGCAGAGGUACUAGCACCACUGCUCCUUCAGACAAUGGAUUAGCGGAGCGUACUCAAACAGGUUAUGGGAGAGGCGGCCAUGAUGAUCAGCCUUAUUUAUAUGAUACUGGAGAAGUAGAUCAUUAUAAAGCUCCAAAAUCAACAAGCUCCAAAGCUAGCCAAAGCACUAGCGUCGCUGCUCUUUCUAUCCAUGCUCCAUCACAGCGUGCUCCAUCACAGCGUGCUCCAUCACAGCGUGCUCCAUCACAGCGUGCUCCAUCACAGCGUGCUCCAUCAGAGCGUGCUCCAUCACAGCGUGCUCCAUCAAGUCGCGGGGAGGACGCCGAUGAUCAGCCUUAUGUAUGCGAGGAUGAAGACAACCAAUCCAAAGCUUCAGUAUCGACAGGCCGCACAAUUGGCAGUAGAAGAUCCCAUAGAUCGUAG